GACUGACUCAGUGUUGUAGUCAAGAGUCAGUCAGCUGGUGGAGGCGUCACAUACUCCACAGAUAAUAUAUACUUCAUUAAUUAGUAAAAUGGCUUUCGCUGUACAAAUUCGUCAGCAGCUACAGGCUCUAGUGUCUUUUGGUGGCUCCCAUAAAGACCAUGACAAAUAUCGUGCAGUCUUAGACUCAAUCCUUAAAGUUGGUAAUGAAAAUGACAUGGCAGAAGGACUUCAGGCAUUUAUUGAAGCAAUUGUGAAGGAGACGGUGAGUCUGGUAAUAUCCCGACAGCUACUAUCAGAUGUCUCCACACAGUUGACCUCCAUGGCAGAUAAUGUUGCAAAGACUGUUGCACAUUUUACACUUGAUAAAGUACAGCCUCGUGUCAUCAGCUUUGAGGAGCAAGUAGCCAGUAUAAGACAGCACCUUGCAGAUAUUUAUGAGCGGGAGAGUUCAUGGAGGGAUGCUGCGGCUGUCCUCACUGGGAUUCCUCUUGAAACCGGACAAAAACAGUACAGCGUGGACUAUAAACUGGAGACGUAUCUCAAGAUUGCUCGCCUGUACCUCGAGGAUGAUGACCCGGUGCAGGGAGAGGCUUACAUCAACAGGGCCAGCAUCUUGCAGGCUGAGUCAAAGAACGAACAACUUCAGAUCUACUACAAGGUUUGUUACGCUCGAGUUCUGGAUUAUCGCCGCAAGUUUAUAGAGGCAGCACAGCGCUAUAAUGAGCUCUCUUACCGGCCAAUCAUUCACGAGGAUGAGAGGAUGGAGGCUCUGAAGAAAGCUUUGAUUUGUACAGUGUUAGCAUCUGCAGGUCAACAAAGAUCAAGAAUGCUUGGCACGUUGUUCAAGGACGAGCGCUGCCAAAAGUUGCCAUGUUAUCACAUUCUGGAGAAAAUGCAUCUCGACCGUAUCAUUCGCCACAAUGAACUUACAGAGUUCCAGAAUAUGUUGCAGCCCCACCAACAAGCUACCACAUCUGAUGGUUCAAGCAUCUUGGACAGAGCAGUAACAGAGCAUAACUUACUGGCUGCCAGUAAACUAUAUAACAAUAUAACCUUCCCUGAGUUGGGAGCCCUCCUUCAGAUAUCUCCCGCCAAGGCUGAGAAGAUAGCCAGCCAGAUGAUCACAGAGGGAAGAAUGAACGGUUACAUCGAUCAGAUUGACGGGAUUCUGCACUUUGAGGCUCGUGAUGUUCUUCCUCAGUGGGACAAACAGAUCCAGUCCCUCUGUUUCCAAGUUAACGGAAUCAUCGAAAAAAUAAACGUAGCUCAUCCUGAAUGGGUCGCAAAACUUAUGGACGAGCAGAUGGUGCAAUGAUAGUUUGAGAAUUAUAUGAGUAUAAUGAGUUUGUAACAAUGAUAUCCAUACUCAUUGGCAUCUCGGCUAUUGACCGGAAACAGGAUUUAAUGUGAUGCUGCCUGACCAGUUUAAAAAUGCCGCCGGAUAAGAGUUAGACUUCAGUGUAGAUGAAUUUCAUUGUGCUAAAUAAAAAUCUAGAACCAAGCUAACUAUUGACAGUAUUUGUUUUGUUUAGACCUGAAAAAUGCGAAGAAGUUAAAAAUAUAUCUUCCUUUAUCUUUAGAAAAAACACAUCCCAGUAGCUUUGUAUAAACUCAAAAGAACUUUACUCUUUCUACAUGUGUAUCUGCCUAUAAAUAGAAUAAAAAUAAUUACUGUA